GAUCAAACACCAACCCUAGUCUUCCUCUAUAAGUCCUCCCCAAACUCCCAACCAAACCCUACUACCCUCCCUCCAAAACCCUAAACCCUUCCUCCCUUCCCCGGCGGCGGCGGCUACAAGCAAUAGCCUCACCAUGAGGGCACCGAUUCGAGGAGGACGCGGCGGCGGCAGGAGCUUCGGCGGCAGGGGCGACAGCGGCGGCCGUGGAAGGGGGUUCGGGGGGAGAAGUGAUGGCGGUGGCCGAGGAAGGGGAGGCCGGACCCCCAGGGGUCGCGGCGGCGGCAGGGGAGGAGGUCGGGGUGCCGGCAUGAAGGGCGGGAGCAAGGUUGUUGUUGUGCCACACAAGCACGACGGUGUCUUCAUCGCCAAGGCCAAGGAGGACGCGCUCUGCACCAAGAACAUGGUACCCGGCGAGUCCGUCUACGGGGAGAAGCGUGUCUCCGUCCAGAAUGAGGACGGAACCAAGGUUGAGUACAGGGUGUGGAACCCGUUCAGAUCCAAGCUGGCUGCGGCUGUGCUCGGUGGUGUCGACAAUAUCUGGAUCGCUCCUGGAACUCGUGUGCUGUACCUUGGUGCCGCCUCAGGAACAACCGUGUCUCAUGUGUCUGAUAUUGUUGGACCGACUGGGUUGGUGUAUGCUGUUGAGUUCUCUCACCGGAGUGGCAGGGAUCUUGUCAAUAUGGCCAAGAAGAGGACCAAUGUGAUCCCCAUUAUUGAGGAUGCUAGGCACCCGGCAAGGUACCGGAUGUUGGUCGGCAUGGUUGAUGUUAUCUUCUCAGAUGUUGCGCAACCUGACCAGGCUAGGAUCUUAGCCCUUAAUGCUUCAUACUUCUUGAAGAACGGCGGUCACUUUGUCAUCUCUAUCAAGGCUAACUGUAUCGAUUCCACCAUGCCUGCUGAGGCUGUGUUUGCCAGUGAAGUGGAGAAGCUUAAGGCUGACCAGUUCAAGCCCUCGGAGCAGGUGACCCUGGAGCCCUUCGAGCGUGACCACGCCUGCGUCGUCGGUGGCUACAGGGUGCCCAAGAAACAAAAGCCAACUUAAGAAAUUUCUGUGCUAUGUAAUGUGUACUUUUAUCAGCAGCUGUGGUACCCCUAGUGCUAGGAUAUCCUGGGAGCUGUGUAAGACAACGCUAGCUGUUUUUACAGCUACUGAUUUUUGUUAUGUCCAAUUGAAUUCUAGCAGCUGAUGGUUGGAUGGUAUUUCCUUAUUAGCAAAUGUUGGCAGGAGUUUUAUCAAA